AUGCUCACGCGCACAUUCCCGGUGCUUUUAAAGGCCACCCCCGCCUCAUGGAUGAAAGUCGUUGUGGGGGUGAAGCGUGUCGUGGACUACACAGUCAAGGUACGCGUGAAGGACAACAAGAUUCAAAGCGAUAAUCUAAAGAUGAGCGUUAAUCCCUUCGACGAAAUUGCGAUUGAAGAGGCUAUUCAACUGAAGGAGAAGAAGAUCGCCAAUGAGGUGAUCGCGGUUACUAUAGGCACCAAAAAGGCGGAGGAGGUUCUUCGCACGGCAAUGGCGCUUGGCUGCGACAAGGCCAUUCACAUCGUUAUUCCCGAUGGUGACAGUGAAGGGCUGGAGCCGCUGGCUGUCGCCAAAGUCUUUCAGAAACUUCACGAGGAGCUCAAACCGGAUAUGUGGAUCCUCGGCAAGCAGGCAGUGGACGCUGAUGUCGGCAGCACGGCUCAACUGCUAGCGGGCCUUGCUGAUAUGCCGCAGGGAACGUUUGCUUCUAAAGUUGAGGUGAGCAACGACAAGGUUAAAGUGACACGUGAAAUUGACGCUGGACAUCAGAUCGUCGAGCUGCAAACGCCAUGCGUCAUCGCGGCAGACCUCCGUCUCAACACCCCUCGGUUUCCAAAGUUGCCGAAUAUCAUGAAGGCACGUAAAAAGCCAAUUGACGCACGCGAUAUAUCAACAUUAGGCGUGGACACGAAGCCGCGGCUGCUAAAACAGGCCGUAACGGAGCCGGCGCCUCGAAAGGGUGGUAUUCAGGUGAAAUCAGUGGAAGAGUUAUAUGAUAAGCUGCACAACGAGGCAAAGGCCAUCUAG